CGCAGUGGGCCGGCCGUGCGCGCGCCGAGGCUGCGGGGCCCGCGGAGCGUGGUGGCGGCUGCUCGCCCCGGACGGCCGCGCCAUGGCGGAGGAGGAGCUGGAGGCGCUGAGGAAGCAGAGGCUGGCCGAGCUGCAGGCGAAGCACGGGGAUCCUGGUGAUGCAGCCCAGCAGGAAGCAAAGCACAGGGAAGCAGAAAUGAGGAACAGUAUCUUAGCCCAAGUCCUGGAUCAGUCGGCCCGGGCCCGUUUAAGUAACUUAGCACUUGUAAAGCCUGAAAAAACUAAAGCAGUAGAGAAUUACCUCAUACAGAUGGCAAGAUACGGACAACUCAGUGGGAAGGCAGGUUUCUCAGUGACACCGACUAACGUCCUGCCAACGAUGGAAGUUAAGCUUGUUUUGCAAAUGAGGAGGUGCUAAAAUUUCUGGUUAUUACGUGCGCUGCUGUGACGCCGUGAUGCGUGUCUUCUGGUGAGCCUGACCUUCCUUCAAGAUCCAGAUGAGCCCCACCUGCACCUGCUGCCUCCACAGCCUGCGGGAGUCAUUCUGCCCUGAACCCCUUAACGCUGAGCAUGCACGGGAGACAAGACGACUGCUUCAUCUUUUCUGAGUGACUUCUCCUGCACUUACGCUUCUCCGGGGCAGACGCUCUGUUACGGGUCUCUGUGCCUGACCCUUAACAGCGGUUGGUGUAGGUGGUUGUCCGCUGGUGGUGAUGGAGGUGUUCUUAAACGACGGGAACCUUGGACUCUCCUGAGAAAGCUAAUGUCGAUGGGUGCUUACCUUUCCUCAAGUGAGCCUCGCAGAGCGAAAUUCUUGUGGAACAAACUGCUAGUUAGACCCUCCCAUCUUGCCUUUCCUUCCCUCUUGACCUCUUCCCCCACAUCCCAGAAUGAUUAAAACCAUUGUCUCCUGAGAUAAA